AUGGAGGUGGUGGGUCUGCGUGGUGUGCAUUUCACUGAAAGUUUUCGUCAAUGUGGCGGCCCUCUGGCGACGCGGGCGAUGUGGCUUCUCGAGCCCUGCCCUUCACAGAAAAGACGGGUUUCACGCUCUCACCCUUUAUGUAAAGUAUCAAACCCUGUUAAUUUAUACAGCAGUACAUAUUCAUUCUACAAACUUCAAGAGAUAACAGAGCGCCUGCACGGCACUCCCUGCCCUUGCAGUUCCGCAUAA